AGAGCAGAGGAGCGGCUGGGAGGAGAAGAGAAGAGAAGAGCAGAGAAGAGCUGGAGCCGUGCUGGGGGAAAAAAAAACUAGGGACAGACAGCGAGUCCCGUAUAAUAGCGGAAGCUAUGAGCGCGUAUUUACGGAGCGUCUCCAUGCCAUGAGAAUAUUCCUUUUGCCUCCAAAGCGACUUGUUCUUGUCCAAGCGAGUAGUUUUGUAGCGAUUCAGAAGGACAGACAGCUGGACUGACACACUUCCACAGAGGAACCGCUGAAAGCUUUACAUGUGGCGAGUUGUUUAGAAAGCUGAUAAAGACUAAACGUGGCCAAGAGUUUGCUGUAAGCGCCGGAUUAAUUAAAGGGAGUCUGGGAAGAAGCAUAAGGUGGGGCAGAAGAGUGAGAGCUGAGCGGGGCUGAGCGCUUCCACUCUGUUCGCUCCUUCUGCUUACUGUAACUCAGUCCUUCACGGAGAAGAGAAAGGAAAGAGGAGAAGAAAAAAAAACACGAAGAUAUUUUUUUUUCGCUCGCUGGAAUUUGGGGCGCGUUCACAAGCGCCUGCUAUUUCGGCUCACGGGGAGCACUUGAGAGUGUAAAUAUCUCCCAUCGUGGACACAUUUCGGGCAGGAAAUUGUCCCGUCUGGUUGUUGGACCAUGGCCGACGACGACGUCCUUUUCGAAGACGUUUACGAGCUGUGCGAGGUCAUUGGGAAGGGCCCAUUUAGCGUGGUGAGGAGAUGUAUCAACAGAGAGACGGGCCAACAGUUUGCAGUGAAGAUUGUAGACGUGGCGAAGUUCACCUCCAGCCCUGGCCUCAGUACAGAAGACCUGAAGAGAGAGGCCAGCAUCUGUCACAUGCUUAAACACCCUCAUAUUGUGGAGUUGCUGGAAACCUACAGCUCAGAUGGAAUGCUCUACAUGGUCUUUGAGUUUAUGGAUGGAGCAGACCUCUGCUUUGAGAUCGUAAAGCGAGCAGAUGCUGGGUUUGUCUACAGUGAAGCUGUAGCCAGUCAUUACAUGAGACAGAUCCUCGAAGCACUGCGGUACUGCCAUGACAACAACAUUAUUCAUCGAGAUGUAAAGCCUCACUGUGUAUUACUGGCAUCAAAGGAGAACUCUGCUCCCGUGAAGCUGGGUGGUUUUGGUGUUGCUAUACAGCUUGGAGAGUCGGGAUUAGUGGCUGGAGGCCGAGUGGGCACCCCUCACUUCAUGGCUCCUGAGGUGGUGAAGAGAGAGCCGUAUGGGAAGCCAGUGGAUGUGUGGGGCUGUGGAGUCAUCCUGUUCAUCCUGCUCAGUGGCUGCCUGCCCUUCUAUGGCACGAAAGAGCGCCUGUUUGAGGCCAUUAUUAAAGGCAAAUACAAGAUGAAUCCUCGGCAGUGGGCUCAAAUCUCGGAGAGUGCUAAAGACUUGGUACGACGCAUGCUGAUGCUGGAUCCCGCUGAGAGGAUCACCGUGUACGAGGCCCUUAAUCACCCAUGGCUCAAGGAGAGAGAUCGCUACGCCUACAAAAUCCACCUGCCUGAGACCGUAGAACAGCUGAGGAAGUUCAAUGCACGGAGAAAGCUCAAAGGUGCUGUUUUAGCAGCAGUCUCCAGCCACAAGUUCAGCUCGUUCUACGGUGACCCACCUGAGGAGCUGCCAGACUUCUCUGAAGAUCCAACCUCAUCUGGGGCUAUAUCGCAGGUACUGGAUAGCCUGGAGGAGAUCCAUGCACUAACCGAUUGCAGUGAGAAAGACCUGGACUUUCUGCACAGUGUCUUCCAGGACCAGCAUCUCCACACGCUACUUGAUCUUUACGACAAGAUAAACACCAAGUCCUCCCCACAGAUCAGGAAUGCUCCAAGUGAUGCUGUUCAGAGAGCCAAAGAGGUACUAGAAGAGAUUUCCUGCUAUCCAGAUAAUACGGAUAUUAAAGAACUGAGGAGAAUCCUAACCCAGCCCCAUUUUAUGGCCUUACUGCAGACUCAUGAUGUGGUAGCUCAUGAAGUGUACAGUGAUGAGGCACUGAGGGUCACACCCCCUCCAACCUCACCAUAUUUGAACGGAGACUCGCCUGAGAGCACCAACGGGGACAUGGACCUGGAAAACGUCACUCGAGUACGCCUGGUACAGUUCCAGAAGAACACAGAUGAGCCCAUGGGUAUCACGCUGAAGAUGAACGACCAGAACCACUGCAUCGUGGCCAGAAUAAUGCAUGGUGGCAUGAUUCAUAGACAAGGAACUUUGCAUAUUGGAGAUGAGAUCCGGGAGAUCAACAGCAUCAGCGUAGCUAAUCAGACAGUGGAGCAGCUCCAAAAAAUGCUUAGGGAAAUGAGGGGCAGCAUCACCUUUAAGAUUGUCCCAAGCUACCGGAUGCAGCAAUCGUCUUGUGAGAAAGAGUCCCCUACCACCUCCAGACAGUCCCCUGCUAAUGGCCAUUCCAGCGUUAACAGUUCUAUCUUGGACCUGCCGUCGACUAUCCAGCCAAAAGCACGACAGAUCUAUGUGCGGGCACAGUUUGAGUAUGACCCAGCCAAAGAUGAGCUCAUUCCUUGCAAAGAAGCAGGCAUUCGGUUCAGAGUAGGAGACAUCAUCCAGAUCAUCAACAAGGAUGACCAUAACUGGUGGCAGGGGAGGCUGGAGAACACAAAGAAUGGUACAGCUGGGCUCAUUCCAUCUCCAGAGCUGCAAGAGUGGCGGGUGGCCUGCAUAGCGAUGGAGAAAACAAAGCAGGAGCAGCAAGCCAGCUGUACUUGGUUUGGCAAGAAAAAGAAGCAGUACAAAGACAAGUAUCUAGCAAAGCACAGUGCAGUGUUUGAUCAACUAGACCUUGUCACUUAUGAAGAAGUUGUGAAGUUACCAGCUUUCAAAAGGAAAACACUAGUUUUAUUAGGAGCUCAUGGUGUUGGCAGAAGACACAUCAAGAACACACUCAUCACUAAACAUCCCGACAGUUUUGCUUACCCCAUUCCACACACAACCAGACCUCCUAAAAAGGAUGAAGAGAAUGGCAAGAACUAUUACUUUGUAUCACAUGACCAAAUGAUGCAGGACAUUGCCAACAAUGAUUACCUGGAGUAUGGGAGCCAUGAGGAUGCCAUGUACGGAACACGGCUGGAGACGAUACGCAAAAUCCACGAGCAGGGCCUCAUAUCUAUACUUGAUGUAGAACCACAGGCGCUGAAGGUCUUGAGGACGGCAGAGUUCGCUCCUUAUGUGGUUUUCAUCGCUGCACCAACCAUCACUCCAGGCAUGAAUGAGGAUGAAUCACUACUGCGACUGCAGAAGGAGUCAGAGAUCCUCCAGAAGACCUACGCACACUACUUUGACCAGACCAUCAUCAACAACGAGAUCGAUGAGACGAUCCGACACCUGGAGGAGGCUAUAGACCUGGUGUGCACUACAGCACAAUGGGUUCCUGUGUCCUGGGUCUACUAGAAAUACUAUUAACUCUUCUCAAAUUCCACCUUAAAGCCCCAGACUAUUUGUGACGCAUCUUUGCAACAAAAAAACAUACAAAUAAAUACAUAAAUAAAUGAUUAAGAAGAAAAGAAAAAGAACCACUUUUCCCUGGAGAAAGGAUCCACCUCUGAUUUGUCGGUACAUGACAUGCAGGCAAAUCCACUUAGCCCUUCAGACUACAUAGAUGUAGUGUUGUAUAAAACAAAAUAAUGCAGUUGUGAAUACUGACGUGUCCUUAUUGAUGAGAUGCAGCAUUUUAUAGAGUUUUGAUUUAAAAAGACAGUAUCUUAAAAGUUUUACUUUCUUCUCAAACAGAGGAACAGCAGACAUGUUGCAGCAGCGCAUCAACACGUUUUCAGUUCAGAACCUAUAUUUCCACCAGCCUUUACAAAACAUCCCUCACUGGAACCCAUUAGUAUCCCUGUGUAUCACAAGCUGCUGUUUUAAGCACAACCAGAUACUGUUACUCUAAACAAGUCCAUAACUCUGAGAUCUAAGUUCUCAUGCAUGUGAACAUUCAGAGUCUUGCAUACUGUCAGUGUUAGCAGUGUAACGCUACUGUUAUCCACAGCACACAACAUUCCAUAUGUCUGGAUAAAUUCACACCAUGUGAAGACCAGUGAAGAAUGAAGAUUAAAAAAAAAAGACCUAUGCAUCUUUGGGCACAUCGGGACAUUUCGGACAACUUUCUGACAAAUUCUUUUUAUCGACCAUGUAGUGAGAUGUUAAUGUCUCAAUUUAAUUUGUUGUAAAAAAAAAAAAAAAAAACAAACAAAAGAAAAACCUUGAGAUAAAAAAAAAGACAAAAAACAUAAAUCCUCUAAAUUGGUUUCACUAUUACAGAAAUGUGUCAUUAUAUAUUAAUGUUUUCAUGAAGCUGAAUCAAAAGCAGAUUUAUAUUCAGAGUGAUUGUUUCAGAGUUGCACAUAGACACAUUUUGUAAAAUGAACUGUGUUGCAAAACAAUAAUAAUCAUCUGAAUGAUUCUGUAUAUGACAAACUGUUUAUUUCAGACUGCCCUGUGUAAAUUCCUCUGCUGAUGACCGAGCAGCUCUUCAGUAUGAACCAUUUUUUAAAUAUAUUUCCUUUUCUGUGGUGAA